AUGGAUGGUAAGGUAGAUGAAGUAUGUCAGAUGACGGAUGAACGAUGUAGAGAUUCUGUGAACAAAACGAAGAGAAAGGGAUGUGACACCACAGUUCAUGGUCCCUACACGGCAUACUGGUCGGGAGUCCCCCAAACCAGCCGAGGCUGUCAGGGAGUUGGUGUGAUUCUUUUCUCUCGAAUGGUUGAAUGUGUGAUGGAGUAUAUGAAUGUGUACUCCCAAGACUACUCUGGAUCAGAGCUGCGCGAAGGUGGGUCAUCAAAAGCCCAACAAGACAGAGAGGAAUUUUGGGAUUGCAUGAGAGAUUUCUUGAAUAAGUGCGGAGAAAAUGAACCUACGAGCCGAGCCUACAAGUAUUUUGGACAGAGUGAAAGUGGAAAACCUACAAGAAAAGGAAAAGAAAGACGACACUACGUUCCACUCAUUGAUGAGCAGUUCGGAUUCCGAGCUGGACACUCAUCCAUCCGACAAGUGUACCGCACCACGGAACACAUCCUAUCCAGUUUCGCUGAGACAAGAACCCAGUCAAAGGGCGCUCUCUUCUUCGACAUAGCGAAAGCAUUCGACAAAGUCUGGCACAACGGCUUAAUAUACAAGCUGUACAAACUUAAAAUACCACACAGACUCGUGCUCAUAAUACGAGACAACUUAUCGAAUCGCUCAUUCCGCUAUCGAGUCGAAGGAUAUUUGUAUGAAAUAAACUCUAUUAGUAUAGAGGAAAUAAAUAUUCCUUCGGAACAUUUGCCUUAUUUCUUCAAUAGUUAUUCUGAUUUAAGUAAAUCGUGUGCGGAUAGUUCUGAUUGUCGGUUUAAGUUUUUAAUUAAUAAGAAAGUGUGUUGGGGCUAUGAAAGUACAUGUGAGAAAAAUAAUUCGUAUCAUGUUAGACCCAGAUGUCCAGGAGAUCAUAAAGGUUGGGUGAAAACAAAAGAAGCGCAAUAUGAUACAUUUUAUACCCAAGCUGACUUCGGGUAUAUUAAAGAACAAAUUCAAGAGUUGAUGGUAAUGUGUGAAGCCACAUAUCCUCAAGAUAGUUCACUAGAAUGUUCUAAAUAUUUGAGGUUUUGUAGGGGUCGCAACUUAAUGCUUAAUUUUCAAGGAUUAGUAGGUCGAGGUGAUAAUUUAAGGUAUAAAAUGGAUAUCCUGGGUCCUGGUCAAAUAGGUGGUUAUUGUCAAUUAUAUUCUGAGAGGCUGAUGAAAGAAGCAGAACACAUGAGUGCCUUACAAUCAUGGGCACCCGAGUUUGUUAAUUAUAUUAAAACAUCAAAAAGACCUAUUGAGGAUGGAAUGUGUGAUAUUAUUGUAGAUAAACCUACGUAUAUAAUGAAAUUAGAUGCAACUGUGAACAUGUACCAUCACUUCUGUGAUUUCUUCAAUUUAUAUGCUUCACUCCACGUGAAUUCUACGCACCCAUCAACAUUUUCAAGAGAUAACCACAUUUUAGUCUGGGAAACUUUCACUUAUAAUUCAGCAUUCAAAGAUGCCUUUAAAGCUUUUACUGUUAAUCCUAUUUGGGAUUUAAAAAAAUUUAGAGGCAAAGUAGUCUGUUUCAAAAAUGUUGUAUUUCCUCUUCUACCACGCAUGAUAUUUGGAUUAUACUAUAAUACUCCUUUGAUUUAUGGAUGUGAGAGAAGUGGAUUAUUUCAUGCAUUUUCUAAGCAUAUACUUCAUUCUCUGAAUGUGAAACUCCACACUCGGGAGAAUGAUAAAGUACGAAUAACGCUAUUAUCAAGAGGAACAACUUAUCGUACGAUACUUAACGAAGAUGAAAUAGUCGAAAGACUGAUGAGAGUACAGGGUUAUGACAUAAAGAGGGUUGUUUAUGACAGAACUGUUCCUUUUACGAAGCAGUUAGAAAUAACGCAUAAUACUGAUGUAUUUGUAGGGAUGCACGGAGCAGGCCUCACUCAUUUGUUGUUUUUACCGGACUGGGCAGCUGUUUUUGAAGUAUAUAAUUGUGAAGAUGCUAAUUGUUACGCGGAUUUAUCCCGACUUCGAGGUCUUAAAUAUGUCACGUGGCAAAAUAAGGCAAAAUUAGUACAGCAAGACCAGGGGCAUGGACCCGGAGGAGUAUCGCACGCUAAAUUUACAAACUAUUCAUUUGAUGUCGAAGAGUUUUUACGUCUAGUAGAGAUCUGCGCUUCAUAUGUUCGAAAUCGACAAGAUUUUAAGAAUUUUAUUGAAGCUUCCAAGAUGAAAAAUGCCCAUGAAGAGCUGUUGUGGUUUAACAACAAAAGCAAUAAUAAAUGUAGCUUACAAUCUUAA